AAACAAGUAAUAUAUUAAAGUAAAUAUACAAGUAUAUAUAUUAAUAAUGUCUGUUAUUGGAUGGGAUCAACCGUCAGUUUAUUCAACGAGUGUUCUUUCAGGAGAAAUACAGCCGGAUGCACCUAAAGAAGUUGAAAAACAAUUUAAAGAAUUUAUUCAGGAAUUUGUUGUUAAUAAUUCAUAUAUUUAUAGGGAUCAAUUGAGAGAUAAUAUUUUAGUAAAGCAAUAUUAUUUAAAUGUGAAUAUUGCACAUCUUAUUAGUUUUAAUGAAGAAUUGUCACAUAAAUUGGUAUCAAAUCCAGCAGAUAUGCUUCCACUUUUUGAAAUGGCAGUUAAAGAUUCAGCAAAACAGAUGGUUUAUGGAGGAUCGGAUUCUAAGAAAGAAUUUCCGGAUUGUCAGGUAACACUUUAUUCAGAUGCGAAUUAUACAUUGAUUCGGGAUCUUAAUGCAAGUUAUAUAUCAAAAUUGGUUCGAAUACCAGGAAUUGUUAUUGGAGCAUCAACAUUAUCGUCAAAAGCUACAAGACUUCAUAUUAUGUGUAGGACAUGUCGUAAUAUAAAGAUAAUUAGUGUAAAUGGAGGGUUUAGUAAUAUUCAAUUGCCAAGAACAUGUGAUAAUCCAGCAACACAUGGGGAAAAGAAGGAAUGUCCAUUAGAUCCUUAUGUUAUUAUUCAUGAAAAGUCAUCAUUUAUUGAUCAACAAGUCCUUAAAUUUCAGGAAGCACCAAAUAUGGUACCAGUUGGUGAACUUCCACGUCAUAUUCUAUUAAGCAUUGACCGUUAUCUUACAAAUAAAGUUACUCCAGGAAGUAGGUGCACUGUUGUUGGGAUAUAUUCAAUUUAUCAAAAUAAAUCAUAUAAAACUAGUAAUGCAGUAGCAAUUCGUAAUCCAUAUGUUAGAGUAGUAGGAUUACAGACUGAAAUACAUGGAAGUUCUAAAAGUUCUUAUAUGUUUACUGAAGAAGAAGAAGAGGAAUUCCUCACUCUUUCUCGAAAUCCAAAUCUAUAUGAGAUAUUUGCAAAUAGCAUUGGGUCUUCAAUCUAUGGAAACAUAGACAUAAAAAAGGCUAUAUGUUGUUUAUUGUUUGGAGGUUCUAAAAAAAUACUUCCAGAUGGUAUGAGAUUGAGGGGAGAUAUUAAUAUUUUAUUAUUGGGAGAUCCAGGAACUGCUAAAUCACAAUUGCUUAAAUUCGUAGAGAAAGUAGCACCUAUUGCUGUUUAUACAUCAGGAAAGGGAUCCAGUGCAGCUGGUCUUACUGCAUCUAUUCAGAGAGAUGCAGCAUCUCGUGAAUUUUAUCUUGAAGGAGGUGCAAUGGUAUUAGCAGAUAGUGGAGUUGUUUGUAUUGAUGAAUUUGAUAAAAUGAGGGAUGAAGAUCGAGUUGCAAUUCAUGAAGCUAUGGAACAGCAAACUAUAUCUAUUGCUAAAGCAGGAAUUACUACAAUUCUUAACUCAAGAACUAGUGUAUUAGCAGCAGCAAAUCCUGUAUUUGGCAGAUAUGAUGAUAUAAAGAGUCCUGGUGACAAUAUUGAUUUUCAAACAACAAUAUUAUCACGUUUUGAUAUGAUAUUUAUUGUAAAAGACGAGCAUAAUGAAAACAGAGACAAAACAAUUGCUGAACAUGUAAUGAAUAUUCAUAUGAAUAAAACCAUAGAUGAUAAUUCAACAAGGGAGAUAAGCAUAGAAAAAAUGAAGAAAUAUAUAAGCUAUUGCAAGAAUAAAUGUGCUCCAAGGUUAACGCCUGAAGCAGCAGAAAAGCUUUCUAGUCAUUUCGUUGCUAUUAGAAAACAAGUUCGUCAAGUUGAACAAAAUAGUAAUGAAAGAUCUAGUAUUCCUAUUACUAUACGUCAAUUGGAAUCAAUAAUUAGAAUAUCAGAAGCAUUAGCAAAAAUUCGACUUAGUACUGUUGCAACAGAAGAACAUGUAGAUGAGGCUAUACGAUUGUUUAUGAAAUCUACCAUGGAUGCAGUAGGGGAAGGACAAAUUACAAGACAAGAAUUAGUUGAAGAAGUUCAUAAAAUUGAAUCUGAAUUGAGAAAAAGAUUACCAAUUGGAUGGAGUACAUCAUAUGCUACACUUACAAGAGAAUUUGUCAAUGGUAAAGGUUAUUCAUUGUACGCACUACAAAAAGCAUUAUAUAUAAUGGAACGUCGAGAAACUAUUCAAUUACGCAAUCAAGGAGCAUCAGUAUACAGAAUUGGAGUAUAAUAUUUAAUUUAUUAAAGCAUAACAUGGUAUUUCUAAGAUCAUUG